CAGGAGCCCGCAGGACUCCGAAGCCUUUCUUUUGUCCUCUUCCUUGGGACCCCGACACAUGGGGUCAACGCGGACUGCAUGGGUUCACACUGACUGGCUGCCAUAGUCUCGCACGGACGCGGACGCACGCGGAUGCCGAUGAGAGCGCGCGUUAAUUAGGAAAACCUGGUCGAGCAAUUAAGCCGGAGACAAGACGCGCGGAUUGGAGCGCAGAAGCUAGCGUUAGCUCCCCGGUCACCUCGGCGCCAUGAGCUGGAGCUUCCUGACGCGUCUGCUGGACGAGAUCUCCGACCACUCCACCUUCGUGGGGAAGAUCUGGCUGGUGGUGCUGAUCAUCUUCCGCAUCGUGCUGACGGCCGUCGGGGGCGAGACCAUCUACUACGACGAGCAGAGCAAGUUCGUGUGCAACACGCAGCAGCCCGGGUGCGAGAACGUGUGCUACGACGCGUUCGCGCCGCUCUCGCACGUCCGCUUCUGGAUCUUUCAGGUGAUCAUGACCACCACUCCCACCAUCAUGUACCUGGGCUUCGCCAUGCACAAGAUCGCGCGCAUGGGCGACAGCGAGUACCGCCCCGGCCGGAGGAUGCCCCUCGUCUCCCGGGCGACGGCUCGGGACUACGAGGAGGCCGAGGACAACGGCGAGGAGGACCCCAUGAUCGUGGAGGAGAUCGAGUCGGACAAGGCUGCCAAAGCGGACAAAAGCCCGGGGAAAAAGCACGACGGCCGCCGGCGGAUCGCGCGCGACGGCCUGAUGAGGGCCUACGUGGCGCAGCUCGUGCUGCGCGCCGCCUGCGAGGUGGCCUUCGUGCUGGGCCAGUACUUCCUGUACGGCUUCGAGGUGAUCCCCUCCUACGUGUGCACGCGCGCGCCCUGCCCGCACACGGUGGACUGCUUCGUGUCCCGGCCCACCGAGAAGACCAUCUUCCUGCUGGUCAUGUACCUGGUGUCCCUCCUGUGUCUGCUGCUCACCGUCCUGGAGCUCCUCCACCUGGGGGUCGGCGGCGUCCGGGACACGGUCCGCCGCCGCGCCGCGCGCCGCCCGUGCCCCCCGCGCGCCCUGGCCUCGGCGCCGCCCGGGUACCAUUCUGCCACCAAGAAGGAGAAACCCGGAGGGGAGCGGAGGGACUCGCCGACCGCCGACUCGGGCCGGGACACCUUCAGGGACGAGCGGCCGCCCGGCACGGAGCUGGAGCGGCUGCGGCGGCACCUGAAGCAGGCGCAGCAGCACCUUGACUUGGCCUACCAGGCGGACGAGGGGAGCCCGUCGCGAAGCAGCAGCCCGGAGGUCAGCGCGUCUGCACAAUCUGCUGCUGAACAGAACCGCCUCAACUUUGCCCAGGAGAAGCAGGGAGAGGCCAGUGACAAAGGGAUACAUGCCUGAGCGUGCUUCCUGCCUCAGAUGUCUGUGCUUCAUUCCUACUGGCCUUAAACACAUGGGGAAGCACAUAUGGGAAUGCAGUCAGACCACUGAGGGAGACCAAAGUGUGUGUGUGUGUGUGUGUGUGCGUGCGUGCGUGUGUGUGUGUGUGACAGAAAUGAGCCUUUCAGUAUUAGGGGUCAGCCGUAAAGGGAGAAGGAGCCGACCGAGCUGCGUUUCGACAAAUGAUUUCAUCUCCAUGACUCUAGACUUGAAAGCCUGCCACAUCUCAAGUUGGUUCUUGCCAACCGGAAUCCAACCCUGUGCCUUCGGCCACUGGGCGCGUUUUGUGCCUGGCGACGCAACAGUCCUGGACCGUUUCACAUCUUGCACAGAUUACAGCCGGCUUCGAGCACCUCUGGCUGACUGUACAUUUGUUUUUUUCUGUGCUUUUCUUUCUAAAGAGGGGCUCUCGGUUUAAUACGUGUUGCAGAGUGUUACCAUCUCAGUUGGUUGAGGCUUAUUAGCCCCUGAAUCUCCCAAAACACAGCCUUAACCUGUUCUACAUUACAUGUUGGGGAUUGAAGGGGUUUAUUUGCCAGGAGCCACACCAUUUUCAAAAAUGUUGCUUCAAACUUCCAUUCGGCCAAAUGUUUACCUGGGAAAUGCUUGAAUCCUUUAUCGACGGGAAAUGUUGUGAAAAAAUUCUCAAUCAUAUUUUGUACCGUGAAAACAUUGAAAAUACUCCAUUUAUUUCACCUGUAACUCUUUUUACUAUGACUCUAAAUUGGUUACCUUGGCAACACAUGCCGCUUGUUUAUUGACUGCUGAAAGGUAGGCGCUUGGUGGUUGGUCAGUGCUUUUCUUUAAAUUAUGUAAUGUAUAGAAAAAAGUGAUUCGUGUUUGUCGUUGCUGGUCAUUUCAGAAACGUUUCGUUUGCCUUUUCGGAAGGGUUUUGCUAAGCAGCUGCUAACAUCUGUCUCCUACUGUUUCAAACUCCGUCCUCGUCUGUUCGUAGAUUUACAUUCUCCUUUGAUGAGACAGAUUUUCCGUCGUGGACGCGCACCGCCGCUCGUGCUGACACACGGACGCUUUCAUGUGUUUGGAGGAAGGAGAGCGAGACGUUCACCGUGGCCGAGGAAAGGAUGACUGCUGACGCACGAGCCGGUGCCAUGUAAACAAAUGCAAUCCUCCAUUCGUCAAGUUUUUUUUUGUCUUUUCUCAGUUAACCUCAGCGUUCACACAAAGUUCAUUCUUCACAGCCCGUCAGUCGGUUUUAUCUUCUGUGCCUUGGAAAAAAAACACACUCUGAUGCUGUAUUUUUGUAAUCAUCUCACUUCCGGUUUUGCUACUUAAGGCAAUGUCCGACAUUCCCAUUUGAAUAUGGUACGUUUUCAGUGAUUUACACUAUCUCUUUGCAAGUUUUGUAGUGUUUGUAACUGUAGAGAAUAUUUUGUCUUGUCGUUUGUAAAUAAAUAUUUGAACUGA